GGACGAAGCAAAGACGAAGGAGAAGGAAAACAUAACCUAAACGUAAAUUUAACUUGUUUCUAUUUCACUGAUUUCAAUUUCCUACAUUUAAAUUCCUUAAUGUAAAAAAUAUACAAAUAUCAAAUAGUAAUUAUGGUCCGUUAUAAAAACAGAUAUAUAACUGUAGAGUUACUAGCAACAAUUCCAGAAAACAAACCUCUUAAACUGAAGUCCAAAGUACUACAUGACACUCUAUUAGAUAAAAUACAACACAUGCAUGGUGAUUUCGGUGCUGCGGCUGUGAGAAAUGGAUUCUUGACUAAGUACUGUAAUGAGAACACAAGAAUAGCGAUACUGAGAUCUAGGCAUGGGCCACACCAGUUUGUUACUAGCACUAUACCAUUCAUAACCAAAAUAGGUGGACUACCAAUAACUCUACGUACUUUACAUGUUGGUGCUACGAUGAAGCACAGUUUUAAAUUUAUAUUAAAACACCAGAGAUCUUAUUUAGACAAGAUGUGGUCUAAAUUAAAAACAGACGAAGAAAGAAGGGAUUUGGAGAAAGCUGUAAUGGAUUUCACAAAGACUGAUGUAUCAAUAAAUAUAGACAAUAUUGGAUAGAUCAACAUGGCUAGCAACUUGUGGCAGCAGAUCCGAAAGAACUCAAUUAUAAUUCAUCAAGCCCCAUACGCUCACCAGUGAACGAGACACAAUAGAAUAUUUAUUGUGUCUCGUUAUCCCACGAUUGACGGGUUAAUGUAUUUGAGUAAUAUAUCAACUCAAACCACAAGGAAAAGGUACAAGUAUUGAGUAAAUAAAAAGAAAACAUGUUAUAUCA